AAGAAAGUUUGGGCGGGUGCGGCGAUUGGACCAAACUGCCCCGUCGAAAUAGACAAAGGUUCGCUAUUGGUUGGGGAAAAAAACGACCCAAUAGGAGUAAGGGGAAACAAGUCCACGCCCCAAGCCGUGAGACUUUUGACAGUCCAAAGGAGGAGGGAAGUAUAAAGCGGAGGCUUGAUGGACAAGUCCGUUCCCCAAUUCGCAUCUGUGCCAUGAGGCGGGCAGGCGGGGGAGGGAAAAAAAAAAGUUAGGCAAUCGGUGGCGGCCAAUCGGCUGGGAGAAAGCCCAAGCGAACCAAUCAGAGCGGCGCGUCGCCCUCCUAUGAAAGGACGGACGGGGCCACCUGAUAGGCAGGAGCGCAGCCCAAUGAAGGGGAAAAAGAGAAGGUCCCCUAACUUGGUCAACAAUGAUAAUUGUAUCUGCAACCGUUUCUAAAGUUUGGUGACUUCUUCCAAAGCUGCGUCGUGGUGUUGCUGUUCAGCUCAACACCCUCCCUUUCCCUGUCCAUCCUGUUUUGUUUGGGGUCUUCGUCCCAAACGUCCAACGCCCAGCUUGGCUUGGGCUUCCAACACCCCAUGGCAAUGUCAUCUCCUGCAGGGCCACCAGCUAAAAAGCGGAAAAUGAAUUUCUCAGACAGAGAAGUGGAGAUCAUUGUGGAGGAACUGGAGCGGAGCAAGCACCUCCUCAUCAACCAUUUCAACGCCGGCGUGCCACUGUCGGCCAAAGCGGCGGCAUGGCACAAUAUCCUCCACCGUGUCAACGCCGUGUCUACCUGCCGGCGGGAGCUGCCUGAAGUCAAGAAAAAAUGGUCUGAUCUCAAGACGGAAGUGCGGCGUAAGGUGGCACAGGUCCGAGUUGCCAUGGAAGGAAGCAGCGAGGGCCACGAUGAGAGCAGCGAGGGCCACGACGGUGAAGAUCCAACCGGUGCUGCAACUGCCCCCGUGAUACUCACCCCUAUGCAGCAGCGCAUUUGUAACCUUUUGGGAGAAGCCACUAUUAUCAGCUUGCCCGCCGGAGACUGCUCUGGCGCGGAUGGGUCGGAAAUACCAAUCACAGCCGCAGCCACAGCCGUCACCCUGACUCAGAUUCCAGCAGAGACAACAUACCAUAGUCUGGAGGAUGGCGUAGUGGAAUACUGCACGACGGAAACCCCGGGAUCGGUCCCCGCUGGUGCCCCCCUGGAGAUGAUGGGUCAGCAGGCAGAAGUCUCCGUGAAGCCUCAGGAGCUCAAGAGCAGAAUCGCCCUGAACUCGGCCAAACUUCUGCAGGAGCAGCGGGUGACGAACCUGCAUGUGAAGGAGAUCGCGCAGCACCUGGAGCAGCAGAAUGACUUGCUGCAAAUGAUCCGCCGUUCUCAGGAAGUGCAGGCCUGCGCCCAAGAGCGCCAGGCCCAGGCCAUGGAAGGGACUCAGGCCGCUCUCAACGCCCUCAUUCAGAUCCUCCGCCCCAUGAUUAAGGACAUCCGCCGUUUUCUGCAGAGCAACACCCCUGCUCCUUCAGUGGCGGCAGACCCAAACCAGGUGGCCCAAAACGGACAAGACGCCAUCAUUCAGUGAAUUCAUACAGACUUGGUGGAAGCAAAGCCUUCUGACGAUAGACUUGGUUGAGAAAAGGUGCUACGGGGUAUUUUCCACCCCUACUUGCCAGUGUGGGCGAACUGAAUUUAAUGUCGGCCUCUAGACGGCAGGCCCCUCUUCGGGGUUAUUUCUAGUCUCUUUCCCUCUCUUUUUAAUUGGUCAAAUGU